CGAUUUGCUGAGGUGGAACAUUACUGGUCAAAUUGCCUAUGGGGAUUUGGUUUUAAACACUUGAGUGACUUUAUUUGGAAGAUUUUGAUCAGUUCAAGCUUUCGUUUCUCCUAAAGUUUGUUUUUGAAAGAGGAGGCGGGGAACGCGGUGAAAAAAAGAAAAGAAAAGAAAAAAAACCCCGCGCUUUCGUUCAGUGUUUCUUUGGGGGCAGAAGAAGUAACGUACAAUCUGAAAAUAGCGUCUCUCUGCUAGCAGAAAGAAAAUGAGACGCAUAAAUAACCGAGGUGUUACAGAGACAUACUUUGAGGGACAGCAUCUGAGUCUGUCGGACCUAAAAGAAUGGGAUUUAGAGCACAGAUACCUGUAUAAGGACAACAUCCCUGCUUAUCCUGAAUCUGUGGAGUUCUGCGUACAGAAAGUGUCUCAUGUCACUGGAGAAAGUGGUCUUAGGGCUAUUUUUCUCGAUUCAGGGUUCAGACAGCCACCAGAGCUGGUGGCUAAUGGUCAGCCUCAUUUCCUCUGGUGGGAUUUAGCAGUCACGUCUGAAGACAUAUCCUCAGCUGAGGAGCGUUUCCUCACGUCCUUAUUCCCUCAUCGAAGUUCUGCCCAAAUUCGCAACCAGCCACCCGUCCUUGAGCACUUUACCACUUCAAAGGCCUUCCAGGAAAAAUCUUCCUAUGGAAACUUCCGCUUCAUCUUUUCACUUAAAGAGCUACUUUGGCUUUAUGGUGAGCAGUUCUGUGGUGACCAAAGUCCAGUUCUGCGUGUGUAUGAGACUGUGCUCUACCGGCGAGAGAUUCUCUAUAAGGUUUUAGUGCAUCCUCGUGACGUAAAUCUUUAUGACAGUUAUCCUCGACUGCCCAGUCGGGAGGAUGCGGUGUGUGGGUACCAUGAUGGGGCUUUGUGGUGGCGCAGUCAAGCCCCCUCUGAAACCUACAAGCUGAAGCUUAAGGUGAACAAGUUAAAUUGUAGCGUUCAUGUGAGCCCCCACAAAGAAGAAUACUAUGUGUGGGAUCAUGUGUGUGUAGCUUUCCACAUGGAGCCGGGGUGGGUGUUACGUGUGGACCGGAACAGGCUGUUUAAAAGGGCGAAUGCAUGUGAAGUGUCUCAGCCAUGUCUUCUGAGACCUCCGGAGACUCCACUGAGUUUAAACGAGGCUGAGUGUAUACUAGCUGAUCUUAAGGCCGAAAUGUGCUAGGCUAAAACCGCUCAACCGUAAUUUUAUAAUGGCAGAACCGUGACUUGGAGGAGAAGAAUUGUUUAAUAAAGUCAUUAUUUUUGUUUUCUUUGCACACAAAAAGUAUUAUCGUAGCUUCGUAAAUUACGGUUGAACCACUGAUGUCACAUGGACUGUUUAACCGAUGUCCUUACCACAUUUCUGGACCUGGGAACAUUCCAGUAGUGUUGCUGUUUAUGCAGGGCCAGAGAGCUCUCGGAUUUAAUCAAAAAUAUCUUCAUUUGUGUUCUGAAGAAGAAUGAAGGUCUUAUGGGUUUGGAACGACGUGAGGAUGAGUAAUCAAUGACAGAAUUUUCAUUUUUGGGUAAACUAUCCCUUUAAGUGAAGAAUGGGUCACAUUUUAGCAUUAAUGUAGAUGCCCAGAUAAUGAUAUAAGAUACUAGAUAAUGAUGCUUUUUAUAAUAUAUAAUAACUUUUAAGUUUUACAUAUAUGUUCACAUUGUAUUUACAACCUCUACCAUGUAUUGAGCUAUUUUUUUAAAAAUUGUACUUCUAAUUUCGUCCACCAGAGGUCUAUGUUGGCUAGCUGGUUAAAUCGCUUUGUCACAUUUUUAUUAAAAUCUUGCUGAUAUUUUCUGUCAUUAUUAUUACUUUGAUUUUGAACUGUAAUUGUUUUUCUUUUAGGUAUCUUUUUAUGUUUAUUAUGUUUUUAAAAAUGUUAUAUUUUAGCCUAAUAUACAUUAAUCUUAUUGUCUAAUUGCACUAAAAUGUCUUUUAGUUGUUUGAAUCUGAUCUGAAUUUCCAUUGAUCAGUAAUGUUACUUAAUAUCAAGUUGAUCUAUUGCUAAAACAAUAAAUAUGCAUAUACCACAGUAGUUGUCUUCCUA